CGUUUUUCUUCCACCACAAUUCUACAAAUGGUGUGUUACCAUUUAUAUCAUGAAAAUAAGUUGAAUAACUGAAUAGGUAUUUAAAAGGCUUUCUAAAAUUAGUAUUGACUUCUACUUGUACUACACAAAGUUUGACAAGUCAAAACGUGAGUACAACCACAAACACAUUUAAGAGACCACAUGAUAACAAGAACAUCACAAUAAAUACGAAACCAUUUUCUCUAAGUUUUGUCCCAAACAAAAAAUUUCAGAAACUUAUCAUAUAAUGGAUCAUGGUAACAUGCCACCAUCAUCACCAUCAUCAAUGGUAAAUCAUACCAAUUCCAACAUGAUCAUGAUGCAUAUGACUUUCUUCUGGGGAAAGAACACGGAGAUACUCUUCUCCGGCUGGCCCGGGACAAGUCUCGGCAUGUACGUUCUAUGUCUCAUCGUCGUCUUCCUCCUUGCUGUUAUCGUCGAGUGGCUUGCCCAUUCUUCGAUCCUUCGUGGACGUGGCUCCACUAGCCGCGCCAAGGGGCUCGUUCAGACCGCAGUCUACACACUCAAGACAGGCCUUGCUUAUCUCGUGAUGCUCGCCGUUAUGUCCUUUAACGGUGGAGUUUUCAUUGUCGCUAUCGCCGGAUUCGCCGUGGGUUUCAUGCUCUUCGGAAGCACUGCUUUCAAGAACCCCUCUGAUGACGAGAAACCCUUCGAACAACUAUGAUCACUCUUUAUUUUACUUGGAAAGAACAUUUCGUUUGUGUGUAUUUAAUUUGCGUUUCUUUGAAUUUUGAUAUUUUGUGACUAGAAUUUGGAAUUUUAUGAAGAAUAUAGCCAUUUUUGCAUUUUAUUGUAGAUGAUGUAGUCAUGUAGAUGAUAAAUUUCAACCACAAAUUAAAUAACAAACGCCGUCCAUCACUCGAUUAGUUCUCUACGAGAUAAGGUGAACUUUUUAUUGAUCAACAAAACACAUAUAUCGUUGUAUGUACC